AGAAAGAAGGAGUUGUUUGAACCCACCUGAAUUGGGAGGGUACCAUGAAUAGUAAAACUAUUGAGAAUUCCAAAAGUAAGGCUCAAGUAAUGAAGCAUUAACUCAGCCCUGAACAAGCUGUGCCAGUAACAGUGCAGGGCUGAGAAGCGUUCAGCACCUCCAGCGGCAGUAACUCCAGAGCAUGUGCGUGGUCUAGCAAAGCAAACAGAGAUUGGAUCAGAAGGGCCAACAUGGAAUCACACUCUAAGGCUUGAUACUCUUAUUCCUACAGUUUCCCCAGCCUCUGCAAACCCAGAGGACAUGAGAUAGUGCUCUGCAUGGCUUAUAGACAGAGGGACAAUUUGUACAAAAAUCAGGACAAGGAAGGGCAACUUGUUGCAUUUUUUUAAAGUGGUAAAACCUAAUUUUCCUAUUUGUAAAACAUUUCUAAAAACAGACUUGUUCCUCAGAAACUGCAAAGCACGUACCUUGUUGCUGUGGAAAGGGAGCAUAUUGAGCUUACUGAGGAGCUGUAACAUAGGGGUGAUUAUUUCUGUCAUUUGUAUGGUGGUGGCUCCCAACAAUCCCAGAGGAGACUGGAAGCUGCCCUAGCAGGCAGUCUUCAGGAGCCCCAGGCAAGAGCUGCAGGAAAGCAAACCAGUGGCAAACAGCUCUGCAAAACAGGACUCAGCUCACAGCAGAAAUCCUUACAGAAGCCUCAGCCCCCGGGUAGGCCUUCCCUCCCUGAAAGUAUUGGAGCAAUUAGAGGUGCAUUUCAGGAUGACUGGGAGGGCAGUGAGCUGUUUGGGCAGGAGAGAAGCAAGUUCCUGUGGUCAAGGACACUUUCUCCUGCUCUGGGCACCCGACCAUUCCUCUUUUCCACACUUGUGACAGGUGGGUGAGAGGACAUGAAGCCAUUAUAGUAGGGUUUUGUUGGUGUUUGUGGAACAAAACCACAAAGAGCCAAUUAUAAAUCCACAAUUGACACAAAUUCUCAAGCACAUUCUUGGUUUCCUCUGGUGCUGCUGCUGACCUUAAUUAAAAGUUUGCCUAAACUGAAAAAUUAUUCAAUAAACCAGCAGAGCUUGAAAAUUAUUAGCCCAACUAAUUAUUUUAGAGGCUGGAAAAACAGUUUUAUUGUUACUUUAAGAAUCCUGGUUGGACUGAGUUAUACAGAAUUAACUUUGUUGAAUGAAGGCAUCACCAGCAUUCAAGGAGACUGAGUCAGUGAAAAUAACUAAAAUUUCUGCUGGCAGCAAGGGGUUCAGUGUCAUCUGGAAUUAGCCUGUUAGGUAAAUGGUAAAUAAUAUUGGGAAGACUUCAGCUGGAAAUUAAUAGGGCCAUUUCUGACUUGCUGAAAAAGAGUAACUGCUAGCUUUCUGAGAUUAUAGGAUUAAACUGUAUCAGUACUUUAAAUGUGACUCAUGAGCAGGGGCUUUCUGAAGAGAAUUACAUAAAUUUCCCAAGGUCUUUCUGAAUAACAAAUUGUUCCAAAUAAUUUCCCCAUCUUGAAUAACUGUGGGUGAAAUCCUGGCCCCAUUGAGGUCAACAGAAAAAGUCCUUUUGAUUUCACUGGAGUCAGGAUUUCACCCUGAGACUCUGGGAAAUGUUCAGCUCUUCUGUGGUGACCGGGUGAGGAAGAGGUGAGGAAGACUGCUGUUGGACCUAAUAUUUUGCAGCAGCAAUUCACCCUCUGAUUUUUCUGUUUACCUCACUAAGCAGUGAACCAGGUUCUAUUCUCAUUUGUACCAGUGUGGAUUUACAGUGUAUUUUUAGAUAUCUGUGAGCAAAUUCUGUCUUCUUGUCAAGGCACAUGACCCCAAACAUUUCUUGCUGGGUUCCAGAAGUAACGUACAGGGAGCGGUGCAGUUCUGGGUUGAGCACAUGGAAAUUUAGCUUACCCAUGCUGCUACCCCGAGGCAACUGUUUGCUUACCUGCACUAAGAUAAUUACAACUUACUUUUCUGUAAUUAUUGUGGGUCUAAUCCAGAGCAGAUAACACAUACUGCAAUUAUCCAUACAGUUAUUAAAAAGAAAUUCGAAAAAAUGACAACAAAACCACAUAGAACACACCAAAGAUAGCUGGAAAACCAACAUAGUAAAAUCCAAUUUAACACAAGCCGCUUUAUGAACAAGGGAAGUAUUGCAAUCCGUUUUCCUGUGGAUUUGCACCUUUUGUCCCUUGGAUAACACACAAAAGGUGCUCAGUUUUCUUCCAGACCUCUUAUCUCACCUCUGCUGGGUGAGAGAUGGGCUGUGACUUGCAGGGAUGUGUGCAUCACCUAGCCCACUGUGUUUGGAUGACUGACUGCCGAGUUUUGCCUCUUUCUCCCUCAGUGGGGCCACCAGUUUUCACAAAGCACGUAGGGCCUCUCUCCCUCUAAAACUGGAUAAAAAAAAAGAUAAGAAUGACUAAAAAGAGAAAACUAGAGAACACUGUUGGAUAGGUUUGUUUUCUUCAGAAAUCUAUUAGAAAUCAGGUUUCUCCAUGGGUUUAGAUUUGCAUAAUUCCCCUAAAGACUCUUCAAUCACACUGAUUUAUGUCAGCAGAAGAUCCAGCCGUAAAUAUUUAAGAAUUUCAAACCUCUCAUGGAGGGCACAUAAGGACAGUUUCAAAUUUUACAAGAGCAAAGGAAUGAAACAAACGGCUUCACAUUUUUCAAGAGUCAAUCCCUCCAACUCAGCCUGUGCUGUGGAGACACAGAACAUGUAGAGACUUUUGCCUUUGUGACAGCUCUUACCAUUAACUAAUUUUCAGGAGUUUAUAGCCAAACCUACAACUGUGUAUAAAACUGAGUGUGAUAAUUUUGUGACAUCCUGUUGUGGUUAGCAAGUUUCAGCUUCUAGUAGAACUCAUUGUAGAAGGGUAGCUGAGAUCAAGGUCUGCUCUGUCCAUUUGAAGCUGGAAUUUGUGGUGAUAUAGCUCUGAAGAUGAAGAUACUCUUACUCUCCUUCUGUGCUUUAAAAAAUUUGCUUUCUGAUUUUUUUUCUUAUUUUCUUUCUCUUCCUGUUCACUUGAUUCUCAUUUGCCACACACUACCAGUUUAAAAUUUAGCAGUAUAUAUACUUGCACACAAUUUUUUAAAUAUUAUCUUUCAGAAAGACCUAGAAAUUGUGUCAUGUGUUGAUACUAUUCUUACUUUUAAAUAGUAACUUUGACUUAACAUAAAGUUGAAGGUUUUUUGAGGGUCCAAAUUCUUAACUGCUUGUCUCUGUUGAGAGACUGGGGUAGACUAGGAAUGGGGACUGAAGCAGUGUGAGAACUACAGUAUUAUUCACAGUAUGAAAUAUACCUCUAAGAGAUAUUAUUUCCCUUUCUAAAGUUAUUGAAACACUAUCAAUAUUAUCUCUUUUUAUCUUUCAGCAAAAUGAUGGUCCAACACUCAGGCCAGGUAUCUGCAUUAGAAGUCAGCGCCUCCGCAAUUGUUCCCACUUUGUCCCCUGCAGGGUCACUGGGGUUUGAUGAUUUCACAAAUUUAACCCCCCUGGUGAAGGAGGAACUGAGAUUUGCCAUUCAGAACAAGCGUCAGUUCCACAGGAUGUCUUCCACUUUGGACACAGUGACUGUCUCUGAAAGGCCAGUUGAAACAUCAAUGCUGAAAACAGAGUUUUCUCCUGAAGAGGAUGAAAGAAAAAAGAGAAGAAGGGAAAGGAAUAAAAUUGCUGCAGCAAAGUGCCGAAACAAAAAGAAGGAAAAAACAGAAUGUUUGCAAAAAGAAUCAGAGAAGCUGGAAACGAUCAAUGCGGAAUUGAAAGCCCAGAUUGAGGAGCUGAAGAACGAGAAGCAGCAUUUGAUAUACAUGCUAAAUCUGCACAGGCCCACGUGUAUAGUGCGUGCACAGAACGGAAGGACACCUGAAGAUGAAAGAAAUCUUUUUAUUCAACAGAUCAAAGAAGGCACGUUACAAGGUUAAGUGAUAUGGCAAAGAUGGAAAUAUUUAUAAUGAUUUUAACAGCUACCAGAAUCCAUGGGUGAGUCUGGCAUAAUGUGUAGGAUUCUAUUAGUCAAGAGCCUUUAGAAAGGGCAGAUUGCUUUCACAAGUGGAAAGAAUCAUUUUGGCUUGACAGCGAUUCUUGCCCUUGGAAGAUCUGGUCUCAAUCAAAUCGAAGAGCCUUCUGCCUCAAAUGUAGGGUUUGCACCUGUCAUACUUGCUGUUCCUAGGAGCUACAGACAACAGCUUCCGAAGUUUUAGCUCUCUGCUAGUAUACAGUAUCUGCACUCACGAGGUUUGUGCUAGAACACUAUGACUUCCAGCGAUGCACGUGGUACAGACAGCUGUGCUGGAUGGACACUACUCUUCCUUGUUGCUGGUAGGGAAAGAAGACUGAGUAUUUUUGAAUUUCCAGGAGGAUGGUUUCUGGCAGAAUGUACUGAUGUGUAAUGUUGCAUUCUAACCUAACACACACACACACACACAAAAAAAAACCCUGUCGUUCCAACUCAGCUUUGUCAUUUUUUUCCAGAAUGCUCAUGUGGGGUUUUUCUGUGACUCAUCUCAGUGACUGAAUUUGAAGGGUCUAGUAAGUGUGACAAAGAAAUGUUUCUUGCAAAACAUCUAUGUAGCCUAGCUUGUAUUUUAUGAGCUAUCACCCCAAAUACUACCCCUUGGGGACUACAAUUUUUCCUUGAAUUGCUGAAGAGCAGCUUUUACUGUCACUUAUUGACUUGAUGAAUUGAGCCCACUGAAUUGGAAAGAGGAAACUAACUGUACUGGGGUAUUGAUAGAGGUUUUGCUCAAGUAAGGAACUGCAGGAGUGAAUCCCAGACUCCUGAACCUUGAAAAAAAUAAAUGUUUUUAAAAUUAAUCUAGGAUCUAAUCCUACAAGCCUUAAUUUGUGCUAUUACCCCUCAGUCACAGAAGAUGUUCCGUGGAUUUCAGUGGGUCUGCUCACGCAGAUAGCUCUUACAGGCAUAAGAGUUUGACAAAGCUUUUUCCAUCCUGGUCAGGAUUACUUCCUUUUGCCAGGUGGCUCAGAGGGAAAAAUUAUGAUUGUAGCUACUUUUGUUUUAUAUUUGAGUGGCAACCACAGCCGAUCAAAAGUGUUACUUAGAAUCUAGGCAAGGAGGCAAGAGUUUUGAUGUAGUGAAUAAUUGUUUAAUUUUUUAUUAAGUACUAACCUUGGAUGUUUUUGAACUGGUAGAAGAGCUGCUGGACAAAACUGUUGGAGUUAUGAAUGUUGAAAUUCUGAUGUUUCUGUGAAAUUCUCAGAUUGUUUAUUUCUAUAAAAUAUACCCUUACAAUUUUUUGUAAAAGAAAAUAUUAUCCUUAUUUAUCACUAAUAUCAUAAUGAGUAGAGCUAAUAAAUACUGCGAGCAAGAUAAAACUGAAAACACAAGUGUUGCGCUGUCUUUUUACUUUUAUCUCUUGGUGUUUAAUAUUAUAUAUUCCUAAACUUCACCAGUUGUAUUUGAGACACCACUAUUAAAAUUACUUAUCCUUCAUCUUUUUUUGAAGAUGAGGCACUGAGUGUCUUGAAUGACUGGGUGCAGAUAUUGUACCUUCCAAAAUUCUGUAUCUCCAUCAGUGGUGUCUGACUGUUGAAUGUCACAAUUUAAACAAAGCAGAAUACAAGUGGAGCUUACAGUGCAUAAUAUUUUACACCAGUCCGCAGUGUUGAAAUUGUGUGUUUGUUCUAAAGGCUAAACUUGAAGAUACCUCAGCCAUGAGCUUCUUACCCUGCAAGUCUUGCAUGAGUCCAUCACAUGUUGUACCUGAUCCCCAUAUGAUUGUUAUAUUCUGCAACAGAACUACUUAGUACCAUUUCCUGAGAUCUGGAUAUAUUGUAAUGUCCUAUAUCACAUGUUAAAGAUAUGUACUUCAUGUAUCUGUAAAGUAAAUGUAGCACAGAGAUGACAUUCUAGGUCCAAUUCUGCCUUAAGAAUCCAUGAUCUUUCUGUAUAUUGGAAGGAGGUUCCAUUGACUUCAGUGAGAAUUUUUUUUCCUGCUUUGUAAGCAGAGUUUGGAGCCUCUGUGGCAACUUCUCUGGCUUAAAGGGCAAGUUCUAUGUGUAAUUGGGCCAGCUGUUUACCAGACAAUAGAUAUACAUGGAGUAUGUACAGUAAACUUGUCAAACAAUGUUCAUUAUUUGACCCCUGUAAUGUGGAAAUACAAAACCAAGGCAUCACCCCGGUAUCGUACACCUUGGCUUUGCUUUUUCCCUCUCCAAUACCAGCAGACAAGGCUGUUUGUGUCAUAAUUGGUUAUAGUGUUACCACAGAGACUGUAAUGACAGAAUUCAUGUGUCUCCCUUAGGGGAUUUGUAUGGUUGCUUUUAACCAUAUCACCGGUGACGCAGGCGUCAUGCUUUUGUUGCUUGAUCUUAUUUACUCGGCAUGCCAAAUGUUAAUAUGGUACCACUACUAUUGUCAGAAGAUAAUCUAUUUUUAUUUCUUUACAUGUGCAGUCAUAGCUGCUCUGUAUUGCUUUUGUAUGUGUGUGUGUGUGUGUGUGUGUCUGCUGCUCUGGAAAUGAUGGUACUCAGGGUCACUUGACUGUGCCCAGGAAAAGAGUGUUUAAACAGCUACACAGAAAUGGUAUGUUGCAUGAGUUUUCUCAAAGUAUACUUUAUUCAGGAGAACCUAAAAAUGCAUUAAAAAGCAGUUUAUUUUCUAUUCUCAAGUUUGUUUUGAUACUUUAAUAAAAAAGAAUUAAUAUA